AUGUCGUCACAUCAGCGCUCGUUCUCCCGCUCCCAGUCCCAGGCCGGGACGAGGGAAAAGACCUACUUCGAGCAACAACGUGAAGAGCUCCUCGGCGAGAUCGCCAUGAGCUUCGAGCAUGUCCUCGCCAACAUCAACAAGCUGAACCGGUCGCUCGAGGCCGUCAUCACGGUCGGAAACGAAUUCUCCUCCGUCGAGGCGCUGUGGUCGCAGUUCGAGAACGUCAUGGCCAAGGAGCCCGAGCAGAACAAGGAGGGCGACGGCAGCGGCGGCGAAGGCGAGGCGAGGAACGAGGAGAGAUCAUGA